UUCUCAUUCUUGUGCGGUUUCUAAAAUUGAAAUGCUAGGGUUCCUCGGUGAACAAAAGAGACACAGAAGAGAGUGAUGAUGACGAAGAAGCAGAAACAAGUUGUUGAUGGUGAUUCUGAAGAAUCCAGGUUCAGAUGAUGAGAAUUCCGAUAAUGAAAAUUUCGAUGAUGAGAAUUCGGAUGAUAAGAAUUCUGAUGAUGAAAAUUCUGAGGACGAAGAUUCCGAUGAGGAAGAAGAUCGUGAACCCGAACUUGAAGAGACUGAACCAUUUCAAGAUUGGAUGCGUGGUGUUAAAAAAUCUAAGGGAAUUUCUUUCUGGUAAGGAAAAGUUCAAGUUAUUCUAUUUUAGAAAGGGUUUGUUUAAUAAGAAACUAAAGAUUCGAGGAUCGUUCUAUGGUUUAGUAAUUUUGUCAUGUGAAGAAGGAGACAGUGAGUUUAGUCAUCAUGUUUAUAAUCCAAUUACUCGUGAUUCGAUUAAGCUUCCCGUUCUUAAUGAUCCAGUCAUCCUUCAGAGACAUAUUGAAGAUUUAAAUUUUUAUUUAGUUUUCGAUCCGGCCACAGAGAAGUAUAAAGUUGUCUGUAUUGCUUGGAAUUAUGUAAUAGUGCCUAGACAGACAGUGUCAUGUAUGACUACACAGUAUUUCUUCAAGAUUUUAACUCUUGGUACUGGAGCUGGAAGCGAGUCAUGGAAAGAUAUUGAUAUUCCAAAGAUGGGUUUCUAUAUAGGAGGAGGUUCUAGAUAUAAACCAGUGUCUGUGAAUGGGUCUUUGAAUUUGUUGUGUAGGUCUGGCAGGAAAGUGCUUUGUAUUGAUGUUAGUAAAGAAUCAUAUCAUACAAUAGAAUACCCAGAGGGAGCUUCAAAAACUUCUAAACUAUUAGAGAUUGAGGGGUCGCUGUGUAUCCUUGAUUACACGAAUAAUUCUAAUCUACUUGACAUGGAUCAAUAUCGCAAUCACCUUGAUACUGAGUCUAUGGGGAAGUUCACACUAUGGUUUUUGACGGAGGUUGAGAAUACGAAGAAAUGGUUAAAGAAGUAUGAUAUUGAUAUGUUCCACAACCCUUGUGUGGCAGGACCCUUUAAGUCUGCUCCUGUUUUCGUAGCAGGUAUUUUGAAUCCUACACUUAAGAUCAUCUUUUGUGUUUCUACCAGCGAAUAUGAGAACCACCGCGAUGCUGAAGACCGGUACUACAGUUAUGACGUUGAGUUGAAAAGGCUGGAAUCUAUCUACAGGCCAGGCCCAUCAAAUUAUCGUCAAUGGCAUUUUAACCGUCUUAUCCACAUUUAAUCAACCUUUUCAGCUGGUAUGUAUUGAUCAGGAAAUUUUAUUGUUAGGUUUCUAGUUUAGCAAGUUGUUAUGCAACAAUGCUAGUUUUACUUAGUAGUUUUUUUUUCCAUAUUUGAUUUACAGUAGUUUAGAAAAGGACCAUUCUUUUCAGUUCUGUUUCCCUUGUAACUUGCUAGUUUAGCAAACUACCUGUGCUGUUACUGUUCAAUGUAGCUAUAAUUAAAACUUAAAAGCAAAAGAACAGGUUUCUUUUCAAGCAGUUAUGAUAUAAACAUGUUGAGUAGCA